AGACAGGCCCUCACUCCUUGCAGCUGACUUGUGUCGCUGGCAGCGAUGAUUUUGCUGCGCCUGCUCAUCCUGCUGGCCCUGUGUGGGGCCGCAGACGGCACAUCGAACACGUGCGGACAGGUCUGCGGGCUCCGGCCUGCGCCCUACAGCACGAUGCGCAUCGUGGGUGGCGUAACCGUCCGGCCAGGAAGAGGGGCCUGGGCUGGGAUAGUCAGCAUCCAGAGUCUUCGGACAGAAACAUUGUUUAUGCAUAACUGUGGAGGGACCAUCAUCAGACCACAGUGGGUCCUCUCAGCUGCCCACUGCUUCAUCAACCGCACAAAUCCCCUCAGCGAGUGGGGCGUGCUGGCCGGGCUCACAUCAACUGCUGAGUCGGGGCCUCACGUACAAAUACGCCGGAUCAAGCAGGUGAAGAUGCACGAGCUCUAUGAUGGUGCCCUGCGUCAUGACAUUGCCCUGGUGGAAUUGACGCAGCCCUUUGAGUGCAACCCCUCUGUUCAGCUCGCUUGUCUACCUGGUCCCGCAGUGAAAGUGGCGCCUCUGAACUGCUAUGCUGCUGGCUGGGGUGACACUGAGGCUAAAACUGUAGAUUCACCAGCAAGGCCCUUGAAGGAGACCAAGUUGCACCUCAUUGACACCCAGCUCUGCAACAGCACCGAUUGGUAUGGAGGGAUAAUCGAAGCCGACAACGUGUGUGCUGGGCAUGCAAAGGGUGGCACGAACACCUGCCAGGGUGACAGCGGAGGGCCUCUCAUCUGCAAAGAUAGCAAAGCUGACAUCUUCUGGGAAGUUGGUCUGACCAGCUGGGCAAUAGGUUGUGCCAGACCCAAAAAGCCUACAGUUUUUGUCUCCACUCAGUACUACCACAGCUGGAUCAUGAAACACAUUGGCCAGAGCUCAGCUAUUCCAGCGCCAGUGCAAUCCUGUCCGUUUCCACGUAAGAAGCUGCUGCAAUUCUUUGAUCUGCUGCAGGAGCUCUUGAAGUUCCUAAAGGCAAAACCAGCUUGAGCAGCAGGAUGGACAGGCUGUGGUGCAGGCUGUAGUGAGCCCACGCUCCUCCUCUGCAUGCACACAAAUGCUGAUGUGGACUUAGUUGUUGUUGUUGAAAUAAAGUUGCCUGUUUUCACCAUUAA